CCAAACAAUUUGGAUUUUACAGUAUUUUGUUUUAUAUUUGGAUAAUAAUCAAUCGCUAAUCCAUAUUCCCUUUAAAAUUUAUCCUGCCGAUAAAAGAAUCUGGUGAGAUUUUUAGUGAAAAUUUUUCUAAACUACUUGUGGUAUUAAUAAGGUAUAUGCGUUCGAUCGUCUCGAUCCUCGUGUGUCAAACCUGAAUAAUAUAAAAGGAUGGAUGAAAAGGAGGUGGAACGGUUUUUGUACCAGAUAUUUUCACAAAGCGACGAUGCAGGGACUCAUACUGUGAAAUCUCUUCGCAAGAAAUAUUUAGAGCACAUUGACCAGGACAGCUUGGAACCAGAAGACAACAAGAGGUUUAAAGCUGUUGUGCAGAAGGUUUUCUUAGUAUAUACCAAUAAUCUUGAACAUGAGACUAGCUGUAGUCAGAGUCAAGACUCGGACAGUAUGACGGGUACGACCAGUGAAUCUCCUAGAAAAUCACCAAGAAAGAUUAAGACCAGAGACAGAGAAAAAGUAAAUGAUAAUGACCACAGGGUUGAAGACACUUCUACUUCUUCACCGUCAAAGGACAGACAGGGAAAGAAAAAGAAGGAUGAAGGUAGCCCAAAGAAAAGAGAUGAAGUAGAGUCUGAAAGUGAGGAAGAAAAACAACAUUCACAAGGGAAGAAAAAAGCUAAAAAUCCUGAGAAGGAUGAGAAGGAUGAGAAAGAGAUUCAAGAUAGUCAUGAUGAAGAAAAAGAAAAAAGAAAAUUGAUAAGUAAAAGAAAAGCAAAAAAGGGCAAAUUUGGAAAAGAUGAUGAUGAAUCUCCAGUAUCAUCCGGUGAUGAAACAACGACAAUUUCAAAGAAAAAAAGGAAGUCAGUCUUAAAGAAAAAAUCGAAGGACAAAAAGCAUGAUAUUUCAAUAUCAUCUUCCAGUGAGGAUGAAUCCAUGCCAAAGAGGAAAUCAUCAGCCAAGAAGGCAGCAAAAAAAUACAGAGACUCUGAUGAUGAUGAUGAUGAUGAUGACAAUGAUGAUGAUGAUGAUGGUGUUGAAAAGAAAAAAGGAGCAGAAUCUGUCAAUAUUUCCUCCUCAGAUGAUGAAAGAAAUAAUCAAAAAAGUAAUCAAGCAGUUGAAAUCAAGUCAGAUUCCGACAAUGAUGAUGAUUUGCAAGUGACGAAAGUUGAGAAAAGCCAAGCAGCUGAUUCAGAUAUUUCAUCAGAUGAAGAUGACAGCCCUGAUAACAAAGGCAAGGAGUCAAGGAAGAAAAUUGAAAAGAAACAAAUACAAGAACUAGAAGAAUCAUCAAUAGAUAGUGAGAGCUCUGAUGAGGAAGAUAACAAGCAUGAACAUGAAGGAAAAAAGGGUUUGCAGAAGAAAAUAAAGAAGCAAACACGAGACUCAAAUGAAUCAUCAACAGAAAACUCUGACAAGGAAGAAGAAACAGAAAGCAAGAAACAUGAAAAGAAAAAGAAAAGAAAUAAGAAAGAUGAAAACAGAAAGAAGAGAGAGAAAGAAAACCAAAGUGGUCCUUCUGAAGAAGACAGCCAUAAGUUAAAGAGUCUAAAGAGAUACGUCAGAGCCUGUAAAAUUUUUAAGAAUUACAAAAAGCUGUUUGCUGAUUGUAAUUCGAUGAAGGCUAAGGAAAGGAUUCUUGAACAGUCUUUACGUGAUGAUACCAGGAUAGAAGGGAGAAUAACGUUGGAAAAAUGCAAAAAGUUUUCACAAGCGAAGGAAGAAGCCGAUGAAAUAGCAGCUCUGGACACCUCCAACAUCCUUACACAUGAAGGCGGAGGCCGAACAAGACGAAGUACCAGACAGCCAGUCACCAAAGCUGCACCAGUGACAAUACCAUCCCCGCGUACUUACAGGAAAAAACUGUUUGGAAAUCUGAAGGGGGUCGUAGACAGUGAAGAAAGCGAAGAAGAAACAAAAAGACAAACUAUAUCCGAUGACGACGACGAUGAUAAUUCUGUGAAGGUAAUUUCCGAUGAAGAAGUGACCAAAACAAAGAAAAGAAAAACUGCCGAUGACUCAGACUCUGAAAGAGAAGUAAAUACAGCCAAAAAAAGACUGAGGCUUGUGGUCGAUGAAGACGAUAGCGAAAAUUCAAGUUAGUCAAUAUUGAACGAGAACAAUUGACCAGAUAAGUAAACCCAAGACAUUAAAGAUAUAAAUCUUAAUUUAGUGGCAUUAUAUUAUCGGACAAAUUUUAAGAAAACAAAGGGAGUUUAUUGCUAAAAUAUUU